CCAAGUUAGCAAAAUAAAUAAAGAAGGAGGGGAGAGAGCAUGUGUGCGUGUGGGAGAAGAAGAAGAGAGAAGAGAAAGCCCGCCGAUUCUGCCACUGCCGUUGUAGACGUUGUCGCUGCCGCUUGUCUCAGCUGCGUAUCACCAAGUCAAACUGAGGGAUGGUCACUCCUCGUGCAGACAGUAAACUGAAGCAUAAGAGGGAUGAAGAACAAACCCAAAUCCAAUGUUGGGAGGAGGAAGAGCCAGAGAAUCAUGGUAAUGAGAUCCUUGGCAACCCUUCUCUCAAGGGGGGUCUUAUUAAAAAGACAAAGCUUAGCAAAUGUGAUGAAUCAAUGGGGCCCAAAGAACAUGCUACUACAAUGGUGGGGCUUGCAGGAAUUCCUGUAUCUCCUUGCUACCCGGACUCAAAAGGUGGAGUCUAUUUUGUUCUUGAGAAAGCCUCGCUGGUUGCUGCUUAUGUUGGAAAGAGGUACCAGAUUUUAAAUCCAGAUGAGCAUGCUAAUUUCCUUCGAAGGAAAAACAAGAACCCUUAUGAUUAUAGGCCUGAUAUUGUGCAUGAGGCCCUUCUUCAAAUUAUGGGUAGUCGGCUUUGCAUGGCUGGUAGGUUGCGUGGUGUGUUCAUUAGGACUGAUGAAGGAAUACUAAUCCGAGUUGAACCAAACACCCAGAUACCAAAGACUCUUGGAAGCUUUUGCAACAUGAUGGCUGAGCUACUGCAAAAGUUCAGCAUCAAGUCAAAGGGUAAACGUGGAAAACUUUUGCGCCUAAUUGAAAAUCCUGUAACUCAACACCUACCCGUUAACUCUCGUAAGAUUGGGCUUUCUGUCAGUUCACCUAAGGCUGUUCAAAUAAACGACUACCUCGCUGCUGCUAAUCAAGAUGAGAACCUUGUGUUUGUGGUUGGUGCAAUGGCUCAUGGAAAGAUUGAUGCUGAAUAUGUUGAUGAUUUUAUAUCAGUUUCUGCAUUGCCCUUGAGUGCUGGGACUUGUCUGAGACGUAUCUGCGUUGCAUUGGAGAGGAAUCAGAAGAUUCACUGAUUAAUAGUUCGACUUAUUUUCUGUUGCAAUGUAUAUUUGUACAGGUUGGUAACAUCUCCAAUUUUGAUAGCUAUAGGCCCAGAAAGUUUGAUCAGGAAAGUUCUUUGUAGUUAAUUAUUAUUUAUUAGCUUCUUGUUUAUUAUUCUGGAAACAAUUCUUUUUCAGUUGAUUUUGGGGCAGUUUGUCUGCCAUUAAUGUAAAUGACACUUAAUGGUGUCUCUCUUGGUCACUUCUUUCUAAUCAGUAAUAGUAAGAAUCUUAACAAUUAUUGUCAA